AUGGGGAAGGCGUCCAAGGGCUCGCGGAAGGGGAAGAAGGCGUGGCGCGCCAACAUCCGCACCGACGACAUCGACGACUUCUUCGAGAAGCAGACGCGCGAUGCCCACGCGGGCGCCGCCGCCAUCCCUUCCCUUCCUUCCGACUCACUCUUCUUUGUCGACAAGCCCGCCGCCUCCGCGUCCACUUUCGCCGCCGGCGCCUCGGACACAGCCACCAAAGAUAUUCCUGUUAAAAGGAAGAUUGAGAAGAAGAGGGAGAAGGUUCUUUACCAUGAGAGUUUGUUGAAGCGGAAUCCGUUUGUGCAGCCAAUCCCAUCUUCUGUGGUGAGCAAGAAGGAUAAGAAGAAGGCAAAAAAGAAGGAUUUGCGGGAUACACAGGGAGAGAAAAAUGUCCCUAUGGAAGAUGAUUCUGUAAUAAAGAACUUUGACAUCUGGGCUGUGGAUGGUAAAGGUGAUUCCAAGGCCAAAAAGAGAUCUACUACAUCAGUUAUUCCUGCUGUUGAAGUUGAGCCUGCAGGAUGUUCAUUUAAUCCUCCAUUGGAAGCGCAUCAAGACUCUCUUGCUCAAGCUGUAGCUGACGAAAAGCGUAAAGAGUACAUGAAAGAGUUGGGGCCAGCACCUGUACCACUCAUAGUUCCUGGUGAAGCUAUAACUGAAGAAGAUAAAUUCUUUCUUGAUGCUGAUGAUGGAGAUGAAGAUGCUGCAGAAGAUGAUGGAGAUCAGGAUGCUGAUACUUCGGUUGGACAAAGGAAGAACAAAACAAAAAGAGUUACAAGAGUAGAACUGAACAAAAGAGCUCGCCGGAAGGGGAGGUUAAGAGCAGAAGCGGAAGCAAAGAAAAUGGAAAAUAUUUCGAAAGAAAUUGACAGCUUGCCAAAUAUAAUGGAUGAGAUAGCUAAAGAGGACAAGGAAAAGGAGAAGAGGCACAUACGGCGAACUGUGGUUAAAGAGGAGAGGCGCAAAUCAGGCCCACCUCGUCUGGGCAGACACAAAUUUGAACCAGCUCCUGUUCAAGUUCUAUUGACAGAAGAGAUUAGUGGCUCUCUUAGAAAGCUAAAGGGGUGUUGUAAUCUUGCGAGGGAUCGGUACAAGAGCAUUGAGAAACGUGGAAUACUUGCACCAAGCAAGAGAAUAAGUUUUUCCGCAUAUAACUUGAUAUUGAGUUCUUCCUCAUAUAACUUUGAUAUUGAGUUCACCCAUCUAGAACAUGGUACUUUUAUGCUACGAUAUAAGAUGUAUAACCUGCAAACUCAUCCAUGUGCAGCAAACAUCGGUAUUGAAGUCAAGUUCCGAUUUGAUGGAUGA